AUGGAUGAAAAACGAUUGGUUAUUCAACUUGUUAAUGGACUUCCGGAGGAAUACAACACUGUUGCCUCCUUCAUUCAACAAUCGAUGCCUUCUUUUGACACUGCUCGAUCUCAACUACGUACUGAGGAGAUCCGACGUGAAAAUCUAUCCAGUUCCGGCUCGCACACUGCCAUUGCAGCCGCCAACAGCCGCCUUCUUCCGCCUCCUGCAUCUGUUUCUUCACGAUCGUUAGCUCCAGAACAUCACAGAAUUUCGCUGGGUCCUGAACACAACAAAAUUUCGCUUGGCCGGGAAGAGCCUCUCCUUCCAACUCCAUCAGGCCCACGAAAUCACUACCCAACAACUACUGCUCGGGCUUCACACUGGCAAGCGCCUCUGCUGUCAACUCCCCCAAGCCCAUAUCCUACCACUACAGGAUACCACUCAACAGAUCCGUACUGGGCUUCUCCACACUACUUCACUGGACGUGGCCGGGGACGACAUUUCCGUGGGCGUGGACGUGGCCGUGGUCGAAGCACUUUCCCAGGCCGUUCACCACAAGCGUACCUCACUCCCACCACGGAAUACCUUCACCCAUCAGACAUUGCCGAAGCAUACAACUCCAUGAGCAUUCGAACACCUGAGGAUGACUUUUAUGUGGACACUGGCACAACUUCACACAUCACCUCGGAUCCAGGACUUGAGCUCGAGGAAGACUAUUCUACGAUGUGA